AUGGAAGUGGGUAGCAAGAACCCAUUUGAUUUACUAGGCGAUGAGAGUGAAAAUGAUGCUCCCGCACCAACCCCAGCUGCCAAAGGAGCUGCCCAAAAACCCACAACAAACACGACAUCAGCACCGUCAAAAACCGCAGUGAGCAACGAACGAGCAACGCCGUCUGAAAGGUCGUCUAGAAAUGAUUAUCCUAGAAGAGGCGGUGCAAAACCUGCUGUAGAUGGCCAAAGACCACCAAGAUUCUCAGGACCACGUGAAACUAACGGAGCCGGAAACGGCGUAGCUACUGCUGAAGGUGGUGAAAGACCCUAUCGUCCAAGGGGCGAAAACUCGUAUGAGUCUAGUAAUGGAGGUGGCCGUGGCCGAGGAAGCUCGCAUGUCGGUGCUCCCGGUGCACGUGGUGGUGGAUUCAGAGGCCGAGGUGGCCCACACCGUGGUCGUGAAUACGAUCGAAGGUCUGGUCGCGUCGAUAUGGACUCUGAAAAGAAGGAAGUCGCUGGCAAAGGAACUUGGGGUGAUCCACUCACUGCUGAGUCUGCUGCUGUACCUGCAGAAACUACCGAUGGCGCUGCUGAAACUACAGAGACUGAAGUCGCAGUAGAUGGUGCUGCACCAGCUGAAGGCGAAGCUGCUGCUCCUGAACCAGUUGAAGAACAACCUGAAGACAAGUACAAAUCCCUCGACGACUACUUUAAAGAAUUAGCAGCCAAGAAACCUACUGCCGCUGCCCCAACACGUAAAGCCAAUGAAGGUGCCGAUGUAUCACAAUGGAAGGACGCUGUUGUCUUCCAACGAGGAGAUGAAGAAGAAGUCUUCAUUGCCUUGGGUCAGCAAAAAGCCAAAAAGGCUGCCGCUGGUACAAUCAAAGAAAAAGUUCAAGUAGAUCUUGACAUUCGUUUCACUGAACCCUCUUCAGCUCCUCGUGGUCGAGGUGGUAACCGAGGUGAAUUCCGUGGUGGUCGUGGUGGUCCACGAAGAGAUGGUGACAAUUCUGGACCAAGGUCGCCAAGGGAGUCCGGAGCCGGUGGAUUCCGCGGAGGUCGUGGUGCUGGAGGGCCAAGAGGCGGUGGACGUGGUUCUGGACCACCUGUUAGGCUGGAAGAUACCAAUGCCUUCCCAUCACUGGGCAAGUAG